GCCAGGUGCCCGCGUCCCGCCCUGCCUCUGUAUAUAUAGCCGCGAGGAGACGGCGAGCGCGCGAGCGCCUCUUCACCUUCUUCCCUUCACGAGCUGCUGCUUCCUGGUUGCUUCUUUUUUAAAAAAACCCCCACACUCGCCUCUUGUUUGAUGUUCCAACUUCAGGCAGCUCCUCAGUGACGCGGCGGCCUCCCCGUCGUGCCUUGGGCCGGCGGCUGGACCGAAGGCUAGGCCGGCGGUGAGGAGGAGGCCCAGCAGGAGUAGCGGGCCAUGGCCGAGCCGAGUCCGAAAAGGCUCAAGAGCGGCCUGCCCUUGUGCGCCAUCCACCGGCAUGGCAGAGCUCUGGGCAAACUCGUGAAGCAAAACUUCCCGGCCGUGGUGGAGGAAGGCCUGUGCGGAGUCACCGGCGCCCUGCUCGAGGUCGCCUACGUCUUGCAGAUGCUGGGUGAAAUCUUUGAUCAUUCUGAUAUGGCUUUACCAAAUGUUUCUAAAUUCUUCUUGGACCGGGCUAAAGAGGAGAGGGAAGCAGCAGAAGCUCUCAUACAAUACCAGCAUGACAGGGGAGGCCUCUACUGUACCAGAGUUAUCCAGAAACCACCCAGUGUGUUAAUAAGCGGUGUGGCGGCAGCUCUGGAAGUAGCCCUAGUACAAUGGAAGAUGAUGGCGGGCCAUUUUGAAGAGCUUUAUGCUCUGAGUAUCAAGAACUCAGACCCUCACACUGCAAGCACAAUUAAGAAGCAAUUCCUAGCACCCAAGAUACAGAAGAUCAAGUUGAUGGGAGAUCUGAUUACCAAUGCUCGUAGGCUUAGGAAUGCCCAAGAUAGCAGAGGCGACCUUGAGAACUAUCUUAUAGACCGUCUGCAAAAAGAACUAAAGAUUGGGACCGAUUCAGAAGCACACUACAGUCUCCAUGCACCAUUUCAGAAAUGUACAAGAGCUGCAAAUGAGCUACAGCUUCUGCGAGAGGAGUACCUUCAGCCCAAGAAUGGGAUAAGGCCAAAAUACCAAGGCCAGUGUUGCUCCCUCUCUCAGCCUCGGUGGAAGGGCUUGCGGGAAAGAGAUCAAAGGCAGGAGCACAAAUGGCAUUAGAUUGGCUGGGAUAUGAAGUAUGCCACUGCUGAGCAGUGUUCAUGAUAUUCAUACAUCUCUAAAUUGUCCCAGAAUAGUUGUCUAUAGGUUGACAUGAUUUUUGAAAACAGUCCUCACAAACAGGGUAACUGUACCAUCAUGAUUUGGUCAUUGUUGAUUAUUUUGUUCAUGAUAUUAUGUUUGAAAAAGCAGUUGUUCCACCAUGGACUGCAGUCCUUUCUAUGAGUGCAGGACUCCUUAUACCUUCAUAUAAAAGCUAUACUAACUCUUACCCACAAUAUUGAGCUCUAGACAAUCAUGUAUCAAGUAUAGUCAGGCAUUAGGUUAGCUUGAAUAAGUGCAUAAAUGAUAACCUUGUAUUUUUCUACUAUGUAGUAAGGGUCUUUUAUAAUGCAUUCCUUUAAAAUAACAAGAUAAAUUAGAUUUUAAUAUUUCAAUGGUUGCCUUGAUAGAAGUUUAUUAACCUUACAGAGACUUCUGUUUUAGUGUACAUCCAUUUUUAUGCUUAAAUGUUUUUUUAUAUUGCUACAUAGCUUAAUAUAAGCACAAUAAAAUUGUUUACCUUGGUGCAUUGUACUUACAUUUUUAAGGUGGUAUUUUACUACGAAAUAUUUUACUACAUAUUUGAUAUGCCUGCAAUUGCAAUGACAAUAAAUGUUGAAAAUUUUA